UACAGGUACAAUUUAUCAAAUUUUAUUAUAUUUUAUAAAAACUAAUAGUAUUCUUCAUGAUUUUUUGCCAUGUAGGCUGUAACAAAUUUAUUUAUGCAAAAUUAAGUAAGCAAUAGAAAUAUUAUUUACAUUACUGGUGAGGACAUCUUCCCAAAUGAGUCGACUAUCUACGUUGCCCUCGUUAUCGCCCAGAAAGAGUAUCAUUGAAAGACGGUUAACUUUACGAAGAGAAACUGAAAAAUUGGCUAUCGAACCAUCAUUAUUAGAAAGAAGACUUUACGAAGCAUUUGAUGUGUUUGAUAAUGCUAGGAGUGGAGAGGUAGAUGUUAGAGAUUUGGGAACUAUAAUUAGAGCAUUAGGAUGUGUUAUCACAGAAGCUGAGUUACAAGAAAUUCAAGUAGAAGUUGAAGAUGUCGAGAAUAAUUGCGUGCCAAUAAACAGAUUUGUAGAAUACAUGAGCAAAGCAAUCAAUGAACGCAAGUUCAAACCAGCAGAACCAGAAGAAUUAUUGAAAGCAUUCCAAUUAUUAGAUCCUGAAAAUCAUGGAUAUAUCAUGAAAGAUGAUUUAGAGAAAUCAAUUAUGGAAAUUGGAGAGCCAUUUACAAAAGAAGAAGUGGCCGAUAUGAUGGCCGUAGCCUGCGACGCGGAAACUGGAAAAAUUAAUUAUGAACAUUACAUCAAUUUGCUAAUCGUAAAAAUUCCCGAAGACAUCAAUGUAUAUAAUAUUGUUGAUGAAAUGGAAGCUGCGAAAUUGGCAAAACUGCCUGUAAAGCGCAGAUGGGAAAGCAUUUUAUUUCAACGAGACUACCUGACAUAAAAAUAUAUGUAUUAUUUUAGUGGAAAUAAUUUUCAUAA